AUGUUGAGACCAGAGCAAGGAACAUUUCAUGUUGACGAUGAUAAUUCGACAGACUAUAAACGAGAAGAAGAAAAUAUUUCAGCAUCCUCAUUCGACACACUCGUUCAUUACUCGAGUGAAUUUAAAAUAAAUAACGAUAAACAACAGAAUAUGGCAACUAUACCACUUAAACAAUCGUCAUCAAUUCAAGAUUUACCUCUAAUUAGCAAUAAUUAUCAACAAGAAAAUGAAGAUUUAACUCAAGAAACAAACACUACAUCACCUUCGACGGGCAACUUUGAUCUGUCUUCUAUCAAGAUUGCGAAUGAUAGUCUACCGUCUGUGGUUAAUCAUCAAAGGGAACAGGAGGAACAAGAGCAUCUGCAGUUACCACUAAUUCAAUCGGCAUCAUUAGAAGAUAUACAAAAAGAAGUGGAUCGUGUUCGACAGAUGAAAUACAGUCUUUUAUUUCCGUCACUACCUCAGGAUAAUCAUCAUUCAUCCUCGUCUCCAUCUUCUCCUGUUACAUUUAAUACAUUUUCAUCUACCAUACACAAUAUCAAUCCUUCCUCAUUAACUGAAAAGCUUCAUUUUCCUGAUUUUUAUUCUAAUCAACAAUUAUCAACUCUUCCAUUUUCUUCUACAUCUGUUACAAAUAUCCUUGAAUCCGAUACAACGCAUUUUAUACCAAUUAAACAGACAUUUGAUAAUACAAAUCGUAAAUCUUCAUCAUCUUUGUCUCUUACUGAAGAUUCUAAAAUGUUUGAUAGUCUCCUACUAUCAUCAAAACCGGUUUUGAAAUUACCUGGUAUGGCUGUUCGAACAGUGCAACCAUUAAGAUUAAAAAAAUAUAUUUCAAGUUCAGAAUCCGAUUUGAGACAAUAUGAUUCUCAAAUGAAUAAUUUUGCCGGUGAUUCACAAUCCGAUAAAGGCCCAAAUUUUAGUCCUGGAUGGGACGAUGAUUUAUUAUUUGCAGAAUGGGACAAAGAGAGAAAUUUAUUUCAAGAUUAUAUCAACUCGUUACGUAUAGAAAUUCGCGUAUUAUUACAAGAACGUAGUGAAUAUCAAGCAAAUAUUCGUCAAUUACAAGAAAAUCUAGCGGAUCGUAAAAAACUAAUAUCUCAUACUAUUCAACAUACCCAAGUUGAAGUUCAACAAUUAUCUGAAAUUAAAUCACUUGAAUCAAAAUUGUUAUUAUUACAAAAAUCUCUUGGGGAAAAAAAUAAUGUUUUAGAAUUAUUACAAACUGAAUAUGAAAUGUUAAAAGAGAAAAAUGUUCAAUUACAACGAAAAAUAUCACAUUAUAAAUCGGAUAUGAAAUCACAAGUUGGAGUUAUUGAUGAAUUGAAACAAAAAAUAACAGAAUUAUGUGUAGAUUUACAAAAUUUAAUUAUGAUUAGGAAAAGACAUGAAUUGAGUAUAGAACAAUUAGAACAAGAAAUUAAACAAGUGGAUAAUGAAAAACAAUCAUUAACACAUCAUGUUUCAAUUAUAACGAAUGAAAAACAAGAUUUAGAAAAGAAAUUACAACAAGCAAAAGUGCACAUCGCCGAACAAGGUACUCAGUUAGAAAUGUUACGUUCUGAAAAUAUACAAAUACGUUCACAAUUAAGUGAAAAUCAACGCCGUCAAUUACAAGAAAAACAGCAAAUAAUGGAUUAUUUAAGACAAAUUGAAAUUGAUUUAAUUGAACGUGAACAAAUAAAAGCUCGAGAAAUUUCAUUAAAACAAGAAUUAAAACAAAUAAAUGAACUAAGAAAUCAAGAUCUUGUACAAUUAAAGCAAUUACAAGAGCAAAUUCAAAAAGAUAAAUUAAUAUUAGAGAAAGUUGAACAUGAAAAUGUGCAAUUAUUAGAUACGAUUAAACAAUUUAAUGAUAACAGUUAUUCUACUUCAUCAGAUCAAUAUGAUUCAAAUAGUGAAAUCACUUCAUUAAAAUUAAAACUCAUUGAUUUACAAAGAUCUUGUUCAUCGCUAACAGAACAAAAUUUACAAUUAGUUGCCGAAAUAAAUUUAUCUAAAACAGAAUUAAAACAUUUUGUUGAUGAUCUAAAAUCAUCAUCAUCUAUUGAUGACAAAAUUCUUCUUCCAUCUGAUCCACUCUUAUCUGAUAUUUAUCAUUUAAUUCAACAUCGUGAUAAAAAUGAAAAAGAACACACAUCUAUUAUAGAACAAUUACAAAAUGAAUUAUUAAUAUCAAAUAAUCUUUUACAAAUAAAUCAAGAACAGUUUGAAAUGUCAACACAAGAACAAAAUCAACUCAUUGUACAACAUCAAGCCACUAUUCAUGAAUUACAACAAAAAUUAGUGAAUAUGGUAGAACAGAAUGAUAAAGAUUUUCAACGAUUUUUGACACAGUUUAAUCUACAACCGUCCAUUGCAUCAUCACUGAGUAAUCCUAUGGAUGAAAUUAUAUCGAUCUAUGACUGGACAUUAGCACAAAACCGACAAUUACAACAAAUUAUUAAUGAAAAAACAAAUCAAAUUGAACAGAUGAAUAAAAAUAAUCAACACCAAGAGUUGAUCUUACCAGCACCACGUGUUCAGCAGCAACAAUUGCAACAAUCUUCCGAUUCUUCUUCCACAAAUUAUCGAAUUGAACAACUCGAGAAUGAACUAUUAAAUAUAAAUAAUUUUCUUCAAACCGAACGUCUACGCUAUGAAUCUGAACUAUUAAAUGUACAAAAUUUAUUUCAAAAUGAACAUUUACAUUGUGAACAACUUCAAUCAACCAUAAAUAAACAAAAUCAACUAUUAGUGCAAUAUGAAUCGACAAUUGAAAAUUUACAACAAAAAUUAAAUGGAAAUGAACAACAAAAUGAAUUAGAUUUUGAAAAAUUUUUAAUACAUUUUGGUUUACCAUAUUCUCAAGAGAAAACAUCAAAAAGUCGUAUUGAUGAUAUGAUUUCAAUUUACGAAUGGCAAAAUCGACAAACAAUUGAUAAAUAUGAACAAGAAUUAAAUGAGAAACAAAAUUUGAUUGAUAAAUUGCACGAAACAGUUGAUGAAAAAACAAAACAGAUAGAGAAAAUGAAUAAAAAUAGUCAACAACAGGAGUUUGUAUCACCAUCUCCUUCACAUAUUCAUUCUGUGACUCUUCAACAACAAUCUCCGAAUCUUUCUGCUAUUCUUGAAACAACCAAGCAAGAUGAAUAUUUGCAAGAUGAGUUGUUGGAUAUAAAAAAUCAGUUAGAAACUCAACUCAUACGUAGUGAAGAAUUACAAACUGAAUUGUUCAAUGUACAACAUCUUCUUAGUUGUGAACAUUUACGUUCAGAACAAUUUCAAGUUUCAUACAAUGAACAAUAUCAACAAAAUCUUCAAUGUAAAUUAGUAAAUCAAGAACUUGAACAAAAAUUAUUUGAAACAGAAACAAUUUUAAAACAUUUAAAAGAGGAGAAUGAUAAAGCUUUUCUUAGAUUUUUGUCACAUUUUGAUUUACAAUCGUUUGCAUCAUCAUCAUCACUAGAGAAAAACAAUCAUAUUGAUGAAAUAAUAUCGAUCUAUGAGUGGCAAAAUCGACGAAUGAUUGAUACAUAUGAACAGCAACUGAAUGAAAAACAAAAUAUAAAUGAUAAAUUAGAACAAUUAGUGGAUGAAAAAACAAAUCAGAUUGAGCAAAUUAAUAGAAAUAUUCAACAACAAGAGUUGAUAAUGUCAUCUCCAAAUGUACACAGCGUAUCCAUUCAACAAAAAUCUCCUUCGCAUCUUGAACAAAUUCAGAAUGAAUUAUCCAUUACAACAAACCUUUUAGAAUCCGAACGUGCUCAGUACCAUAACCAACUAAUAAAUGUCCAGAAUUUGCUACAAACUGAACAUUCUCGCUCCGCUCAUCAAGAUUUAGUUAUUCAAGAUUUGGAAAAAAAGUUAUUCGAAUCAAGAACAAAUCUGAAUCAAUUAAAUGAAAAAAAUGAGAAAGAUUUUCAACGAUUUUUGACUCAGUUUAAACUACAACCGCCCAUUGAAUCGUCACUGAGUAAUCCUAUGGAUGAAAUUAUAUCGAUCUACGACUGGACAUUAGCACAAAACCGACAAUUACAACAAAUUAUUAAUGAAAAAACAAAUCAAAUUGAACAGAUGAAUAAAAAUAAUCAACACCAAGAGUUCCCGUUAAUGUCUUCUCAUCUUCACACUGUCUCGGUUCAACAACAGUCUCCUUCCAUAGAUUCUAAUGAUGAAUUAUUGAAUGCAAAAAACUUAGUUGUAACCGAACGUGAACAGGUUCAAACCAAUCUUCAAAAUUUAUUGGAUGCCGAACGUUUACGUAGUGAACAGUUACAUCAAUCUUAUAAUACAUUAUCUAAUAAAUAUCAUGACUUAGAACAACACUUGAAUAAACAAGAACUGAACGAAUUAAUCGAUUUAAAUCCACUUUUUACUACUAUUCAAUUUCCAUUAUUUGAUCAACAGCCACCAGCAUUAGAACGUCUACUGAAUCAAAAUAAACAACAUAGACUUUCAUCAUCACUCGUUCAAGAUAUUCUCAGCGUAUUCGAAUGCUCAUGUGAACAGUUACAAACGAGACUAGAAGAACUGAGUAGAGAAAAUGAACAAUUGAAUAAUACACUUGAACGACUCGAUGAACAACAUCAACAAGAGCAUAAGGAUUUAGAAUUAAGUUUACAAGAAAUGAUUAAUAAUCAUAAACAAUUGAAGAAUGAAUUGGAAGAAAAACUGAAACAAAUUCAUCAACUAAAACAACAACUCCAGCAAUCAACCGAAAUUACUCCAACUCAAUUAUCUACUCAACAACAAACGACUCCAUCCCAUCUAAUUGAAGAAAUUGAAAGUCUUCAAAAGUUUUUGGAAAUUGAACGUCAACGAUCUCAUGAUUAUGAACAAUCUAAAAAUGAGAAUCAAAUAAUUGUCGAUCAACUUCGUUUAGAAUUAGAUCGUCGUCAAGUUGAAUUAGAUUCAUGUGAAACAAAAUCUAAACGUGAACAACAAAAACAAAAUAUUGUCAUUGAACAAUUAAGAGAACAAAUUGAAACUGAUCGAAAACAAAAGCGUACAAUAUCUCCAACAAUAGUAACAGAGGAUAUCAUGAACACAUUAUCAUCUAUACCUCAAAGUGAUUUAGAAUUAAAUUUACGUGAACAACGUUUAUUAUCAGCAGAUUUACAAAUACAAUUAAUUGAGAAACAAACAUUUAUUGAACAUAUGAAGGAAGAAUUAACAAAAGCUGAACAGCUUGUAAAACAAAUUGAAAUAUGGGGAAAUAAAGAGAGUACCAUUGAUGAUACGUCUGCUAUUGAGAAAAUUGAUGAAUUUUUACAAGCCUGUUCUACGAAGUUGUCUUGUUCAAAAAAUUUCGAUUCAAUAUUGAAAUCACUGGAAUCUUACGAUCAAUUUUUACAUGACUGUUGUAUAAAAUUAAAUCUAGACGAUACAACUAGUCGUGAAAUGAUUUUAGAUAAAUUAGAUACUCAUAAACAAAUAUUUAAAUCUGUUGGUUUGAAAGAAAAUAAUUUUGAUAUAUGGAAACAAUCGUACGAUGAAAAAAUUCAAUAUAAACGAAAAACAAAAGAAUUUUUAAGAAAAUGUCAACAAAAAUUAGCUACAUUAUCAACAUUUGAACAUAUAUUAGAUUAUAUUGAUAAAUCUAAACAAUUACAACUCGAUUUUGACGAGAAAGAAGGCAUAAUUCAUCAACUUCAAAUUGAUAAUUCUCAAUUAUUAACGUUUCAAACAUUGAUAAAUGAAAAAUUUGGUACACACGAUAAUUUAUUACAAAUUGUUGCUCAAAAUGAGUUAUAUAAGAAUUAUAUUGAUCGAAUACAAACUGUUCAAUUCGAUUCUAUAGAACAAUUGAAACUAUUUGACUGUUUUCUAGAGUCAGAUGCGACAAUUGAUCUUAUACUUCAACAAUGGCAUUAUCUAUGUUCGACAUUAAAACAAUCGGAAAAUAAAUUAGUCGAUUUAAAUCAAUUUCUCAAUAAAAAAUGGCAACAAAAUAUUCCAAUUGACGAGAUGAAGGAAAAUUUAGAUAAUUUUAUAGGUCAAAUGAAUGAAAAAAAUGAAUUAAUUCAAAAAUUAAAUGACUUAUUUCAAUCAUCUCAAGAACAAAUGACAUUGGAUAAUUUAUUUUUGAAAAUUUAUGAAUUGUUUAAUCAACAACACUACCUUGGAAAUAUGGAUGAUAUUUCUCGAAAAUUGAAUGAAUAUGAUUAUUUAUUAACAAAUUAUGGUCAACAAACAUUUGAAACUUUACUAACAAAUUUGCGUAUAAUGAUCGAUAAUCAACAAAAAUUCGAUUAUUUUCUAACAAAAUGGAAUGAAAAAUAUAGUAUGAAUGAUGAAAAUUUAACAAUUGAUACAUUAGAAACAAAUUUAUUUACAAAAUUUGAUAUUCAAAAUUCAAUUAUAUCACGUUCAAAUCAAUUUCUUCAAUAUUGUUCCGAAUUAUAUGAUGAAUCUGAUCUUACAUUUGAAAAUUUACUUUCAAAAUUAAAUCAAUUUAUUUUUCAACAGAAAAAAGUUGAUUCUUUACUUUAUAUAUGUAAUUGUGAUAGUAUUGAUACAUUAGAACAAUAUUUAAUUCAAUUAAAUCAACAACAACAACAUAUUAUUCAACAAUUAAAUGAUUCACAUGAACGACAAACUCGAAAUGAUGAAUUUUUUUAUCAAUGUCAACAAUUACUCGAAUGUGAUCAAUCAUUACAACCCGAAGAUGUAUUAGAAAAAAUGAAAGAUUUUAAAAAACAAGAACAAAAUAAAAAUGAAUUUAUUGAAACAUGUAGAAAAUUAUUUAAUCAAGAUGAAACAUCAUAUGAUACAAUUUUACAUCAAAUUGAUAAUUUAAAACGAUAUAAUGAGAUAAAUGAAAAAGAACAAAUGACAAAUUUGUCUAAUGAACAUGGAUAUAAAAUGAAUGAAUUAGAUAAUAAUAGUGAUCUAAUGAAUAAUAUUCAACAACUUAACAAUUUUAAACAAAAGUUUGAAACGAUUAUCGGUCAUGAAGUUGAUGAUUCUUAUUUGGAAAUGUUAAAAUCAAAUCAAGAUCAAUUAUCGUUGUUUGAUGCAUCGACAAUUAACGAUUUAUGUUUGCGUGUACAACAAGCCGAAUAUUCUUGUCAACAAAUGUUAAAUGAUAAACAAAAAAUGAAUGAUUACAUUCAUGAACAAUGUCCGCAUAUACCUGUUGAAUCUAAAACUGAUUUGUUUCAUACAGUUGAACAUGUCACUCAAUUGUAUGUUCAACAAUCAGACGAUAUUAAACAAACGAUAUCAGACAGUAUUGAUCAAUUAAAAUUAUUUAAUAUUACGAAUUUGGAAAACACAGUGACUUUAAGACAAUUAUUUCACAUCUGGUCAAAAAUUUCGAAAGAUUUACAAGAGAAAAAUAAUUUAUUCAAUGAACAGUUACAGUUAAAUCAAGAUGAAAAACAAACAAUGUUCAAUGCUUAUUACAGUCUGUGUAAUUACAUACAGCAUAUUAAAGAGAAAUUAAUCAAUAUCAGUGAUGAUACUGUUCAUAAUGAGCCAACAUAUGACCAAUUUGAAUCAACAUUUCAAUUAAAUGAGAUUGUAAAUAGAUUAAAAUAUGAAAAUCAACAACCAAGAGUAGAUAACACUAAUCAGAUAUCUACUCAACAGGAAAAUCAACAACAACAAUUACUGACAACACUUUCAUCUGGCUCUAGCGAUUUUGUUCUUCCAUCGGUUCAAAAAGUUGAUCUAUCAGACAGUUCAGUUCAGACUGAUUCGAUUAAUAAUGAUGACAGGAAUACUGAAGUUAUUGAUCGUUUAUGUCAGUUAAAUAGUCAACUUGAAAAUGAAUAUGACUUGACAUUAACACAUGAAAUCAAUCAACAUCCUUUAGAUAGAAUUGAAUUUCUCAUUCGUCAAUUACAAUCUCAACUCUUCUCUGAAACAUCUCGUUGUCAACAAUAUGUACAAGCAAACGAGCAAUGGCAAAAAUAUUUUGAAAAAAAUUAUGCUGAAGAAUUUCAGAGAAAAUUUAGCCAUUUAUUAUCAUCAUUCGAACAAGAACCGAUAGAAGAAUAUUUAACAUUAGAUCACUUUUCAAACAAAUUAUUGAAUAUAAUUGAACACAAUGAGACUAAAAAUCGUCAGAUCGUAAACCAAAUUUUCGAAGAUGUUAUAAAAUUUGAUAAUGAGAAUGAAAAUUCACUUGAACAACAAUUACAAACAAUUAAAAAGGAACUGGAGUGUUAUAAACAGCAGACAAUGCAAUCAUUGAGUUCAGUUACAGCCAUUGAAGAACGGCAGCCGUCACUCGUUGAAGAGCGACAGUCGUUCCCCGUUGAAGAACAUAUUCAAAUUGCUCCAUUACAUACAAAAGAGAAUGAUGAACAAACUGCCAAAUUAGAAAAAGCAUUAAACUUAUUGAAACUUCAGACAACAAAAUUAAAAUCAGCUCAAGAAGAAAUUGAACAGCUGAAAAGUUAUCAACAACAACAACAACAGCAACAAUCUGAUCCAUCUCUCAUCGACGAAUUAACUAUUGUAAAUGAGCAAAUACUUGAAAUGAAAUCGAAUGCUGAACAACUUCAUUCAAAAAAUUUACUGUUAAUAGAACAAAAACAUCAAUUAGAACUUCAAUUAGAUCAAAUGGUUGAACAACAAUCAUCAAUGAUAAAUAUGGCCAAAUAUAAUGAAAUUUUAAUUGAACAAUUAAAAUUUACUUUAGACGAACAACAAAAGAUUAGAGAGAAUGUGAGUGAGAUAGCAACAAUGAAAGAACAGAUUGAUAUUGGUUUACAGACAAGUGUUGAAAUAAACCACUAUCAAACUCAAACAGAAUUAAUUACAAAGGAAAGUGAUGAUAGAAUGACGCAAACCGAUAAUACAGAAUUACAUAGUAAUGAAUGUCAAACUGAUAUGAUACAUAAUAGCGACAAAGAAAUACAAACACAAUUAGUCAAUCAAUUAUGGACAUUGACUUAUGAUGAAAAUUUGGAUAAAUCAGUUGAUGAUGAAGAUGAAAUCGACGAACUUUUUAAUACAAAUCAAUUAAAUGAUGAAUUAUCAUCAAUGUCAUUGGAUUCAAUUUGUAAUUAUUUAUCAUCAGAAUCACGUCAAAUAAUUACACGUUCAAAACUUAAUUUUAAUGAAUUACAAAUAUUAGAUGAUCCAAAUGAAGUUUUAUUUCGUCUAUGCUAUUUAGCAUAUCGUUGUUAUCAAAAUCAAUUACAAUCAUGUGAAGCAAAACAUUUAUAUAAUGAAGGAUACAUAAGAGUAUUGAAAGAUGAAUAUCAACUACUCAAUUCUGAGAAAAAUGAUAAGGUUGAACAAUUAUCAUUUAUACAAGAACAAAAUUAUGAAUUACAAAAGAAAUUAGAUAAAUUAAAAGAUGAGAGAAGUGAACUAAAUUUUACACAUGAUAGUGAAAUUGAUGAAUUAAAAUUAUCUCAUGACAAAAUUUUAGAUGAUAUGCAAUUGUAUCAACAACAACUUCUUGAUCAAUUAAAUUUGAAGUCGGAAUUGUGUGAAAAAUUAUCAACAGAAAUAAAAGAAAUAAAAUAUGAUUUACAUUCAAGAUUAUCUUAUUAUGAUCAAGAACAUGCCCAAUAUGAGCAACAAAAAUUACAUAUUCAACAAUUAAAUGAUCUUUUAAAUGAAUAUAAUUAUCCAGAAAUGAAACGAAAAUAUAUGGAUUUAGAACAAGAUUAUGUUCAAAUAAAAAAUGAUUGUAAUUAUUUUAGACAACAGUUUGAACAAUUGAAAAAUGUUGAAAUAGCAGUUUUAGAACAGAAAUAUUUAGAAAUAAAACAAGAAUUGGAUGCUGUUCAACGAGAAAAAGAGACAUUGGAAGAAUUGAAUUCAGAAUUAUUUCAAUAUAAAAUGCAAUUUCAACAACAAUAUGAUUCGGAUAUGCAACCAAAAUUAUCAUCUACAAGAGUCACGGCUACAUCAGCAUUUGAACAAGAAGAUAAUCAAUUUGGUCAUGAUGUCACCGAUGACAAUGGUCUUUUGCUCGUUCAACAAAAACAACGGACAUCUCCAAUGAUUUUAAAUAAAGAUGGUAUAAUAACCGAUGGCACUGUACCAUUUCAAGUAGGCGGAGGAGUUAGUGAACGGCAGACGUCGAAUAUUGAUAAUGCAGUUCAGUAUGAAUUUGAAUCACAACCAGCAACUAACCAUAGUGAAAUAUCGUACGACGAGUCAUCAGUAUUAGCAAAACCAAUAAUGAUUGAUCAAUCAACUUUAACUGAAUAUGAUUAUUCUUCUCAACCAUCUGUUGAUUCGAACACUGAUAUAAUCACAGACAGCAAUAUGCAGUCGUUUAUCACUCAUGUAGAAACAGUUAACAGUGGUGUACAAUGUGAAUUAUUGACUGAAUUAAAACCAAACGAUGAGUUUGCAAUAGCAGAAUCCAACAAGAAAGUAGAUCAAAACAUUGAGGAGUCACGAGAAAGUUUCAUGGACGAAGUUCAACCAGGCUGGAUGUCACAUAUUUAUGGUUCAUAUCCUAUCGAAGGAGACAAAAUUCCAAUGAUAACUACUGAAUCGAAAGAAUCCCAGUAUGACUUUGAAGUGGAACCGUCCGGUAUCGAAACAACAGAUCAAGAAAUUCAAUGUGAUUUUACAUCUGACGAACCACACGUGCCAUUAGAAAUGAACGAUCAGAUAGACCGCAUAACGAGUGAAAUCGAUCUUUCUGCACUUAAUAUUGAUGAAGGAGAAUGGUCAAAUAAUGUCCCGCUGUUAAGCUUAUCCAUAGACCCGAACGACUAUCUUUAUGAAGAACAACAAUCGUCUCAUGGCAAUAUGCAAGAAUCGGUAGAAAAAUCAAUGUCUGUAGACAUCCAUUCUUUCAGUAUUGACAAAAAUGAAACAGAUAAUGAGAUAGACCAAUCAGAAUCUCUAUCAAAAUUAAUAACUGACUCGAAAGAAAUCCAAUACAAUUUAACUACCACUGAAGAAAAAGAAAAAUUCGAUAAGCCCCUCUUAGUAGACCAAGCUGUUAUGACAGAAGGACCGUAUGAAACACAUCAAGCUGUCAAUACGAACACAGACUUUGUUCAUAGUUAUACAUCGACCACUCCAAUUGAAACAGUUGAUAGUGAUAUUCAAUGUGGAUUAUUGAUUGAGCCGGAAUAUAAUCCAUUACCAAUUGAAUCUAGAGGAUCUCAAUAUGAUAUUAUAGAAGAACAGCAACAACCACCACGACACCUUGAAACAAGUGAUCGAGAUAUACAAUGUGAUUUACUCGUUGAUAGUUCAGAUAUUUUGAUACCACAAUCAUUAAUCAACGAUCAUAUGAAACAAGAUUAUUCUCAAAUGUCAAGUUCAUUGUACGUUGAUGAAAGUUUACGAGCAACUGCAGAAACAGAAAGAAAAUCUUGGCCAGAAAUACGAUCGUUGUCUGAAACAAUUUUAAUGGAUCCAUCAAGUCAAACAGAAGUAGAUAUUUCAACAAUAACUGAUUCCAAUAUGCAAAUACAGAAUGAUGAUACAGCAGACAGCAGUGUUCCUAAAAAUUUGACAAGUCAACCAUCUAGUCUCUUUACUGAGAAUGUAUUACCCAUGAUUGUUGACGAAGAAACUGUUCCAUCAUCAAUACAAUCGCGAACGACAGAGUUUAGUCAGAGUCCACAACUUUCCAUUCCACUUCAUGUUGUACAAUCAACAAUAAUGACAGAUUCACAAUCAAGCCAAAAUUCUCUCGUUUCAUUCGAUGAUAAAGAGACACAAUACGAGAUACCAUUAGAAGAUGAUAAUGAACCCGCGCAUACACUACGUCAACGUUUGAAAAAGAGUACGGCACUUUUACGUACAUCAUUAUCAAAAAUAAAAACCUUAGAAAUGGAUAAUCGUCAAUUACAAAGUGAAAUUGAAAAUUUAAGAAAUCAAUUAGCCGAAUAUGAACAACCGCAACAAUCAUCAAUUACUACUCAAAAACCAACGCUAUCCGAAAUUGAAAAAGAACAAGAAAUUUUAAUAGAGGAUGAUGGUGGUGAUUCAUCUGAAAAUAUUAGAAUAAUUAAUUCAGAACAUAAAACAACUCAAACAGAAGUUGUGGAACAAGAACAAUCACAAGAAACAACACAAAAAUUAUUAAAAGCUAAAAAAUUGUUAACAACAAUUAAACAUCGUUUAGAAGAAAUAAUGACUUUAGCACAAUAUGUUAAAACCAAUAAAGAAUAUUCCUUGAUAGAAAUGAUUGGAAUCAUACACGAUCAUUUUGAACAGCAACAAUUUUCGUCAAAUUUAUCGACACAAAUUGUUCAAGGAGAAACAGUUGAAGCUGAUCAACAAACAGUUGUUACAGAUAUUAGCACACUAACAGAUACGGAAUACAAUAACAAUGGUUUAAAAACAGAUUCAAGUUUAGAAAAAAAUGUUAACACAAUUGAUAGUAGUAUACAAUGCGAAUUAUUAACUAAUAAUAUUUCACUGGUUGAAUCUCGUCUUUCAUAUGUUAAUGAUCAAGAUAUUCAAUGUGAACUUUUAUCCGAUAAUGUACAACCAGAACAGGAAAGAAAAGUAAAUUUUGAAAUAGUUGAUAACCAGGUACAAUGUGAGUUAGAACCAAUAAUAGUACGUGAAGAUAGAGCAACACAACAUGAUCAAGAUGAAAAAAUUGAUCGUGAAAUGAUGACUGAUGAUCAACAAUCGAUGGUGGAAAAAGUUGAUUCUAAUGUGCAGUGUUAUUUCGAAAUAGUACAUGAAUCGAAAGAAACACAAUAUGAUAUAGAAGAGGACAAUGACGAAAACAAAAAAUCACUUUUAUUAGAUCAAGCAAACAUGACCGAACCAAGACAACCAGAUUAUUCUGUGGGCACUAGUACAGAUACAGUCAGUAACACUGAUAGAGAUACAUCUACAAUUCAAGUUCAUCUAGUCGAUAACGAUGUUCAAUGUGAUUUAUUGACUGAACAAGAUACCUAUAGUUAUAUUAUUCAACACACUCCUGCAAUAUUAACAGAAUCAAAAGAAUCUCAGUAUGAUCUGGUUGAAGAAGAAGUAGGAGGAUCACAAAUCGAAACAAUUGAUCAAAAUACUCAAUAUGAAAUACAAGAUUUAUCAUCACUUCCGACAAAUGAAUAUAGGGAACAAGAGCAAGUUCAAAACCUAUCAAGUCCGAUUGAUCUUAAUUCUUUCUACAUUAACGAAGGAGAUUGGGGAAAUGAUCCAAUAAUAACAACUAAUUCUGAAGAAAUUAUUUAUGAAAAAGACGAAAAUUUGAAACAACCAUUAAUGAUAGAAGAAGCUACUAUGACCGAUUUUAUCUCUGAUUCGAUUUCUGGCCAUUCUAUCGACACAAAUACCGAUUUCAUCAAUAAUACUAACGUUGAAACAUUUACACUUGCUGUUGAAACAGUUGACAGUAAUAUUCAAUGUCAAUUAUUAACUGAUCCAGAAACAAAUGAUCAAAAUACACAAUAUGAAGUUGAAACAAUCGAUACGAAAGCAGUUCAGUGCGAAUUAAUUGUUGAUGAAGUGAAACCAUUCAGAAUCGAUGGUACCAGCAUGACAGAUCCACAACAAGAGCAACCUGAAGUAGAGAUUCGAUCAUAUCAUUCAAUUGACACAAAUACAGAUUCGAUCACCACCCGUAACGCUAGAACUUCGACAAUCCGAGUGAAAAGAAUCAAUAAUAGCGUACAGUGUCAAUUAUUGGUUGAACACAUUAAUCCAGAAACAAUGGAUCAAGUAACAAUGUCAGAAUCUCCAGAUGUUCAAGAUCAAUCUAGUCAACAUAGUUACACAACAUCAAGUGAAUCUAAAGAAACUCAGUAUGAUAUUAUCGACAAUAGUAAACAGUUGGAAACAGUUGAUCAAGAUAUACAAUGUAAUUUAUUCGUUGAUCAUUCCACUUCAAGUCCAUUUAGAAAUGAUCAACAACUUCAACAAACAUCAAGUCCUUUAGAUCUCUCUUCCUUUAAUAUUAAUGAAGGAGAAGAAAAAUCUCUACUGGACAUACAAUUACUAUCCAAAAACAUUUUAAUUGAUACAUCGUGUCAAACGGAAAUGUUUCUUGACUUGAUGGUUGAUACGACUACACAAACAGAAAAUAACGAAGAGAUGAGAAAAGAUGAUACCAAAACAACACCAAUAACCGAUAAUAGUGUGGGUACAAGUGUAGCAAAUCGUCUAUUUGGUUUCUUUAGUACUUCACAACCAAAAACAGCAACAUCAAUCGAAAAAGAAGAGCCAUUAUUAAAAAGUGUUCCACUUAGUGGUUCAUCAUCAAUUUCCACCGUCUCAUCUUUUACUCAAACCGAUAAUGAACCUCAAGAAAAAUUAAAGACGAUCAACGCAAAACUAAAACGUGCUUUACAAUCAAUAAAAGAGAAAAUACAUAAAAUUGUUGAACAACGACCAGAUUUAUUUAAUGAUUAUGAUCAUCAAACAACAGAUUUCGAUACAAUGAAUUAUUUAGAUUUUCUAAUGAAAUAUUUACUAGAAAAAAAAGAUCAUGAAUCUGAUACAAUUCGAAUGUAUGAAAUACAAAUUGAAAAUUUAUUUCAAGAACGAAAUAUGUUAAAUGAACAACAUUUAGAAGAAAUAAGACAAAUUGAUGAUCAAUAUAAAUCUGAUUUAAAACAACUAAAUCAACAAUUAAAUGAAAAAGAAAAUGAAUUAAGCAUGAUUAAAGAGGAAGAAAUUAGAACAACAGAGCAUACUAAUGAUUUAGAGAGCCAAGUAAAUCAGUAUCAUGAACAACUUGAAAAUGAAUAUCAAAUGAAAAUGGAACAAUUGUUAAUAUUGAAAAAUCAACAGCAACAAUCACAAAUGAAUAUUGAAACACAAACAAUUGGUUUAUCAAUGACUGAAUAUGAAGAAACAAUUCAUCGUAAACAAUUGGAACAAUUAGAAAAUCAAUUAUCAAAAACAAACGAAGAAAAAGAAAUAUUACGUCAACGUCUAUCUGAAGUAGAAUAUAAUUUGAAUCAAAAUCAACUUAUAUUAGAACAACAACAAAAUACAAAUGAACAAUUACGAGAAUCUGAAAAUACUUUAAAAAUGUAUGAAUUACAGAUAGAAACGUUAAUUAGUGAACGUGAUACUCUUGUUGAACAACAUCAUGAACAGUUACAACAAUUAGACGAAGAAUAUCAACAAAAAUCAGAACAACAACAGAAAACUGUAUCAAAUGUAGAAACUCAAACACUAAAAGAAAAUUUAUAUCCAUUACCGACACCAACUGAUCGUAUAUCUCGUCGUAUAUUUGAACAAGAAUUAAGUGCAUGGACUUCAGAAACUGAACGUUUAACUUUAGUUUUACAACAAAUUCAAAAUGAAAAUAAAAAAUUAAAAGAAUUAACAUCAAAAUUAGAAACAAUGGCUUAUGAAUAUUCGCAUGAAAAUGAACAGUUAAAACUUGAAAAUGAAAAAUUAUUACUAUCGUCUAAUUCGAAUUUAUCGCCUUCAUCAAUCAAUUUGUCAACUCAUCAAAAUGAUCGAGAUAUUUGUCUAUUAACAUUAAAACUAUUAACAUGUGAAGUAGCACUACAAACUACACCAUUUGAAAAUUUAGAAGAAUUAUCUAAAAAGUUAUUGACAUCAACUUCAUCCGAUUCACUCUAUCAAGAACUUGUUCAUGAAAUUGAUUUAUUAAAAAAGUCAUUUUUACAAGGUGAUGGAUAUUCAAAUAAUUCAGUAGUAGCAAUAACAAAUAAUCAAGAUGAAAUGCAACGUUUACAAUUACAAUUAAAUGAAACAACAGAUAGACUAAAAGAAACAGAAAAACAGUUGAAAACUAUUCGUUCACAAAAUGUUCGUUUAAAAAAACAACUUGAAAAUUAUACAUUCCAAUUCAAGCACGUUCAACAUGAAAUGAAUGAUAAAAUUCAAGAAAUGUUAAUAUUGAAAAAAGAAACGGACAGACUUCGUACAAUUGAAUUACAAUAUCGUACCGAACUUAAUCAUAUAAAAGCGGACUUUCUAAGUGAACAAUUAGUAUGUAAACAGUUACAACGAGAAUUAGCCGAUUUUAAAUCAGCUCUGCCGCUUACUAAUGAAUCCCUUAACAAUCUUCGUGAUAUAGUCGAAUUAAAAGAACGUGAAUUACAAGCAUUAAAAGAUAAAUUGGAACAUACAUCAAGUACUCAUCAAAUGGAAAUUAAUGAAUUACAUAAAACAAAUCAGUUUGCAUUGGAUAAUAUUAAACGAUUUGAACAAUUAGAUGUCCGUCAUAUACAAAAACGAACUGACUUAGAAAAACGUUUAACAAAAUUUAGUCGUUUAGUUAGACCAUUAUUAUCAUUUUAUGAGACUCAUUCAUCCAAUGAAAUUUCAGUUGAUGAACUACGCACACUAAUAACUGAUACAGAAGCAGAAGAACGCAUUGUACAAUCAUUGGGUCCAAUUCGUGAUUGUCUUGGCUUAUUAGAAGCUCAAAUGAAAGAUUUACAUCAUGGUCUGAUUGAAAAUCAUGCAAGAAAAUCAAAAAGUUGGAAAUAUAAACUUGGUUUUGAAUGUGUAUCAUGUGAAAGUCGAUGGGAAGUCACACAUGAUAUUCGAGAUUUGGAAGAGGCGUGUAGUGAUCCCGAGAGAUUUUUAGAAACAAGUCGUGUUGAACCCAUGCACGUAUGUACAUGUCCAACAACAGAUUUCGAUGUUGAAAAAAUAUUAGAACGUGAUGUUCGUUAUUGUUUAAAACACGUAAUUGAUCGUGUAAUUAAUGAUGAUGGUGAUAAACAGUGA